UAAAAGAAGCCAGAAAGUGAGCAAAUGUCAUUUUUCUCAGUGGAAUUACGCCAGAGAAACUUAUGCAGAUAUGAAAGAAACAAUUCGUCCAAUGUCGUCUCAACUUUCGUUUCAACCGCAUCCACAUGUUUUCCACAUUUUGUGUGUGGACGUGUUAAACAUGAGAAUCGAUUACAAAUUAAGUUGACGUGUUUAUGUCCCUCUGCUUCUUUUGCUAUUUAUCCUCCCCCUACUUUUUUUUUAUAUCACUAAACUGAACAAGUACUCUAUUUCGUUAUGCACCCAUGAUAUAAAUAUAUUAAGCGCUUUAUAAGAAAAUACUACGUUCUACAAGCUCACUGCUGAAAACGCCACUCAGUAUACAAGUGUAUUGAAAAUACCAAUUUUACAUAGAAAACACUUUUCUUACUGCUAGUACCUACAUAUUAAUUGUAGGAAUACCGUGUUUCGUUAUGCACCAAGUAUAUUAAACAAUUGAGAACUUAAUACAUUGUCCUUAAUAUAUCGUGUUAGCGACGCUAUAAAAUCCCUUUCUCGGCUUUUCUCUAUAUAUAGGAAAUUAUAAAACAUAUUAAACAAUCUAGAAGUCAAUACAUUGUCUUAUUUUGAUAGCAGUGCUAUUAAAUCCCCUUGAAAGAUUAUCUCAACUGAUUAUACGAAAUUAUAAGUUAGUGCAAGCAUUGACUUAUUACAAGGACAUCUAAUGUAGAGAAGGGGUAACAGACACUGAUUUGUCGUGUUCGGAGUGGUAUUCGAUUAUUUUUUCAGAGAACAUUUGUAUUGGCAUCUCGUAAACAAAGCGAGAGAUGCUGCAGUCAACGCACAUAAUUGUAUGUAUACAUACUAACAGCGACCGUAAAUGGCCGAAGGUGGCAGUCGUAAUGUCUCUGUACAGUCGACAGUUUCGGCUUUAAGACCGAAGCCUCACUUUCCCACCUUUUUUUUCUUUUUAACUAGUGACCGACGCCAAAAAAUUGAAAUAAUUAUGAGAGCGAGAGGAAGUGCAUAUUUGGACCCGGAAGUGUACAGAGUUCUCUCGCUGCUUAGUGAGACAAAAUGGCGCAAGGCUUUGGAAGUGCCACUUUAGACUUACUUUCAAGUGACUGCUCCUGGGAUGAAGGUGAAGAUGAGGUGAACGUGACAGGACCCUGCCGUUGUUUGUUUUGUCCAUGUAUGUGUGAAAAUGCCAUCUCUUCUUUGGAACAUUUGGAUUUAGUGCAUCAGAUAAACUUGAGGGAACUCUGUCAGAACAUGUCCUUCACAUCCUACAAUUGCAUUCAGAUGAUUAAUUACAUUCGAAAAGAGAAAAUUCUUCCAUCAGAAUUGACACAAAUUUUUAAAACUCAGUUGUUUCCAUGGAAUGAUCCUAAAUAUCUCAAGCCAGAAGAUGAUGAAGAUCCAAUGCUUAUGUUAGAAAUUGUUCCCUGCAAUUUUGAUGAAAGUAGUCUGAGUCGUGUAAAUCCUGUUGACCCACAAGUUCCUAUUGGCACUGCACAAAAUGGUUUAGGUUCAACUUUUGGAACAACUAAUGGUUACAAUAUGACAACAUCUGAACUGGGUGAAAAACUAAAAAUUUCUGAAUAUAGGUGCCACAUGUUAACUGAUGCACUAAGACGAGCUGUCAGUGACCUAACUAAAGUCAGGGACUGUGUUAAUGAAUUUUACCUGAGUGCAGAAUCCAACUCAUCACAGUGUCAGUGCACCGCAGUGCAGAACCUAAGUCAAGAUGAAGACGAAGCAUAUUUUGGUUCUUAUGGACAUUUUAGUAUUCACAGAGAAAUGUUACAGGAUAAAAUCCGAACAGAGGCUUACAGAGACUUCAUGUUGUCAAACUCCGACAUCUUUAAGAACAAAUUGGUGCUCGAUGCUGGCUGUGGGACUGCAAUUCUGUCCAUGUUUGCUGCUGAGGCUGGUGCCAAAACUGUUUUUGCAGUUGACCAGUCUGAAAUUGUUUAUAAAGCCAUGGAGAUUAUACAACAAAAUGGUUUUGAAGAUCGAAUCAAAAUUACAAAAGGGAAAAUUGAAGACAUUUCACAGUCUUUAGAGAAAGUAGAUGUUAUUAUUACUGAAUGGAUGGGUUACUUCUUACUGUUUGAAUCCAUGCUUGAUACUGUUCUUUAUGCAAGGGAUAAACUGUUGAAGAAAGGUGGAUUAGUUUUCCCCAACAAAUGUUUCACAUAUCUUGUUGCCAUUAAUGAUCAAGAUAUGUAUUAUUCACAUGUGACAUAUUGGAAUAAUGUUUAUAGUUUCAAAAUGGACUGCAUGAAAGCAGAUGUUAUGCGAGAAGCAAGUGUUGAGAUUGUGAAACCAGCUACAGUUAUAUCUCAAUCAUGUUUUCUGAAGAUGUUUGAUAUCAGUCAAAUUACUUUAAAAGAGCUUGACUACACUGUGCCAGUGAGUUUAACUAUUACAGAAGAUGGCUUUAUCACAGCAUUGGUGGGCUACUUUGAUGUUAUUUUUGAUGGACCUAACAUGAACCCUGUAACAUUUUCAACUGGUCCUUUGUCAACACCAACACACUGGAAACAGACUGUAUUUUUAAUAGAUCCUGAAAUUCCUGUGAAAAAAGAUGAUAUCUUGACUGGAACUCUCACCUGCAUGAAGAACAGAAAAUCUCCACGAACACUGGUCGUACGGCUGUCCAUUGCAGAUAGAUUUGCAUCAUAUAUUAUUGAAUAACUGGAACUAAUGCACGUACACGUGUGUGUGUAUAAAUAUAAAUUUUAAGCCAAUUCUUUUAAUCAGUUGUUACUUAAAGUUUUGCUUUUCUGCCUGUUGAAUAACACAAAAUAAUGAAAGCAGUAACUAUGUUAAAUAAAACAUUUUGAAUAAUAUCUGAAUAUAAUGAAUGUCUCUGAUUUAAUAGAGUAAAUGGUAGACAAAGAGAUAAAAAAAAACUGAUCAAAAGUUGUUGUAUGUGGAAUCUGUACACCCCUGUGAUUGGCUAAGUGAACUAUACUAGUUCGUAUAAAUGAGCAUGCACAAAACAGUCUGCGAAGAGUGUCAUAUGCACAGUCAUAUAUUGUACAGGUCGUAGGAAUUAUUGAAUAGAGAUAUUGAGGAGUGCUUGUUGAAGAUACACAGUUGGAUAUCAGGAACGUUUGAUAUUAUAAGAAUUCAGAUAUAACAAUGACGACGAGAAGUCGUACGUCAUUUCAAAAGUUUAAACUGGAAUGAUAGUAGUAUAAGGGUGGUAACUUGUGUUGUAAUGUCAUAAGUUCAGACAUUAAUAAAAACACACACAUAUACGAAGGAGAAGUCAAAAUUUAUCCUCACUUUUGCCAAAUUUCUUUAGGUUGGUUGCACUGCCUUCAGUGCUUGCAUGCGAAAAAGUUGUACUCUUGUGGUUACAUAAUGAAAGAAAGGAGUCAACACUUACACUGCAUAGAUAUAUGUAUGAGUGCAUUGAAAAGUUCAAAAAUGGCCAGACAAGCUUGAAGUAGAAAGAGGGAGCAGGAUGGCCAUCAACCUCUACCACUGAUGUGAAGAUUCAACGUGCUCAAGAAAUGGUUCUGGUGACCUGACAAGUAACCAUUGAUGAGGUCGCUUGUGCUCUGCAAAUUAAUCAUGGCUCUGCAUAUGCAAUCAUCCAUGACAAGCUUUGCCUUUCUAAAGCCUGUGCAAAAUGGGUGCCAAGAGAGCUUACUUAAGUGCAUAAGCAUAGUUGUGUGGAAACCUGUCAGUGCUUACUUGACCACUGCAGCAAUGAAGAUGAAGUUUCUUUGGAGCAAAUAGUCUGAAGAGAAGAGACCUGGGCUCACACCAAACCAGAAUUCAAAAAGCAGAGAAUGGAAUUGAAAUUCAGGAUUCAACAUUCCAUAGAAAAAGUAAUGCUAACUGUUUUUUGGGAUGCAAAAGAGCUUAUACUGGAACAUUAGCUGGAGAAGGAGUCUACAGUCAUCAUUGUUGGCUACAGUCAAAUGUUGGCCAACAAAAUGAAACCAGAAAUUCACACCAAAGUUCAAGUCUAUAGUCAAAGUAAGUAUUAUUGUUACACAACAAUGCAUGGCCACCCACACCUCUGAAACCUUUCAAAAAUUGGGUUUUGAGUUGCUGGAACAUCCUGCUUACAGUCCAGAUCAUGCCCUUUCCAACUACCACCUCUUUGGACCACUCAAACUUUCUUUACAAGAUCAUCAGUUUGCUACAGACAGAAAUUUAGGAAGUUGUGCUUAAAUGGCUACACGACUAGCCAUUAACAUUCUUCUCUUAUGGAAUAAGUAAGCUUAUGGACCCUUGAAGAAGUACAUUGAAAAUCAAGAAGGCUGUCAAAAAGUGAUAUAAUUGUUUAACCCUUGUUUUUGUUUUAAUAAAUUAUGGAAACAAGUGA